AAAUGUCCCCCUCAGCCCAAGCAACUCCUGACAGCUCCUUCCACUUGCUCAUCCUUCACAACCAGUGGCCCCCCAGAUGCUCGGUUUCAACCCGGCAAGAACCACACCCGAUUCGUUCGUAACCCUCCUCCUUCCAGACGGGUGCAUCCGUCAGUAUCCAUAUCGCCCCUCAUCUACAACCGCGCGCGAUUUGCUCGGCAUCGUAUGGAAAGACGUGGAGGCGUUCUUUGUCGCGGAGGAGAUGCAGGAGCGGAGAAAGACAAGAUUCGAUGAAGAUUUGAGAUUGGCCGUGGUCAAAUCGGUUGGGAAUGGAGAAAUUAGAACUAUGGAAGACUUGCGGGUUCUCUCGCAAGCUGAGGUUAUAAUACCCCCACACGCACGAAUCGCUCGAUUUCUACGUCCACCCCCACCGCCACCGUCAUCGCCUAAAUCCGCCCAAACUCCCUCACAGUCAUCCGUUUCACCUCACGCUGUUCAGCUCCGCGUAUUCCAUCCAGCGUGGACUCUCCGUUGCUCGUUUCGACAUACCCCCGGGAUCCCCGAUAAUAUAUUAACACAGCUUGCUAGCCUCUUUGACUCUGACGACGAUCCUCCACCAUCGUGUCUCCAUCGCGCAGCAAAUGGACGACCGGUGUUCGAGAUCUACGGCGCACCCUUCUUGUCAACCGUCCAAGUUAAACACUUGCUUAGAACGCGAUUCAAGAUUGAGAAUGGAUCGUAUCUCUUACAUGAGUAUCGGAUUAUUUCCAGCGAUGUGGCGAAAUCUCGGAUGCAAGUCUUGGGAGGCAUCCCAAUGGUACGACAUGAGGGACCCAUUGAGGCAUCUCUCAAAGACGACCUUUAUUAUGAAUCAAGAGCACUACAAGACAAUGAAUGCCCCUUUCUCCUUUCUCAACAACUGUCCAAGCAGUCACCCCCCGACGCCCCUCUAGAUUUCUACUAUCUCCUCACACAGGCCCUACCACCACUCCCGCAACCAAAGGUCCAGCCUUUGCAACCCGUGCAAUCAACAAGUGUCUCUUGGUUGUCUUUUGCAUUUGGGUGGAUUACCAAGGGGUGUUAUGAGAAUCUGGAGGAGGAGCUGUGAAUAGUUGGGAGUUGUGAAAGAUUUGUACUUAUGUAAUUGGUUCUUCUUUUUUAUACUUUUAGUUAGGGUGGCGAUUGUCGCACCUCCCUUUGUACAGUAGCGAUGAUAGUAAUAGUGAACUGAAUAGCCUACGAGGCCUCGGGGCUGAACGCAGUAGAUUAUACGCAACCUUGAAUGCCAUCCUUCUUU